UUUGUUUUUUAAAGAUAUGUCGGUUUUUUGUUUUGUGACACAUUAUCAAUCUAUAUAAAUCUAACGUUAUUGUGACACAUUAUACUAUACAAUUUAAUAUCAAAUUUUCCUUAUAUUCAGUGAAUUUUAAGAAAAAUAACUAAAGUCAAAAAAUGAAAUAUGAAAUGAUACUCUAAAUUUGGAAGAAGAAUCUCUCUAAAGAUUCUAUAUUGACAAAUGUCAAAAUAACUAUCUAAAGUUAUUUUCACAGAUUAUCUUAAUGAACUGUCAUUUACUAUACCACACACGUAUCCAUCAUGCACACAACACACCAUAUAAGCUCAAGCAUAUCCAUCUUUUCUUUUUUUGUUGUUAAAGUUCAAAUUGAAAACACAACUAAGUUCAUUAUAAAUAACAUUGAUUUGUACAUUUUGAUACAUACCAAUCUAAAGAAUAGCAAAUUUAGAUCACCAAUGGCCUUAAACGUUACAAAGAUCUCUCAAAUCAGCCCCUUAGCCGAUUCCUCCCGUGAGAAUCCAUACAUUCUCCCACUCACUUUCUUCGACCUACGGUGGCUAAACUUCAUGCCCAACGAACAAGUUAUCUUCUACAAACUCCAUGACUCAUCUCACGACUCCUUCUACUCAGUGAUCCUUCCAAGACUUGAGCAAUCUCUCUCCCUCGUCCUUGGCUACUAUCUCCCGCUCGCUGGUCACCUCACAUGGAACGCACAAGAUCCUAAACCAUGCAUCGUGGUCCUUCCAAACGACACCGUUUCGUUGAUAGCUGGAGAAAUCAGCGAUGCAGAUUUCUCUAGUGUUUCAGGAAAGGGGUUACGUCCCGCUAAUGAGAUACGUCCCCUUGUACCGGAGUUACCGGUUUCAGGUGACUCACCAUCGUUACUUGCUUUGCAAGUAACCUUGUUUCCGAACCAGGGGUUUAGCAUUGGCAUAGUAUCCCAUCAUGUCUUUGUGGACGCUAUAACAGCGCUAAUGUUUAUCAAAUCAUGGGCUCAUAUCUGCAAACAUGGAGCUACAACUUUACCAGAGGACAUAACUCCAGUACUAGAUCGUACCGCCAUCAAUGUUCCCACCGGUUUGGAAGAGAGGAUGUCGGAACUGGUUCCGCAUCUUUCACAGGACAAAGAUAACGCAAGAACCCUGAAGCUACCUCCAACCAAGGAGGUCAGUGCAGAGGUUUACCGUCUCAAACUUGAUCUGACUCUAGAGAACGUCGAGAAACUCAAGGAACGAGCCAAGAACGAGUCGAAACGUUCUCACCUCGAGCUUCACCUUUCAACGUACGUCGUGGUGAAUGCUUAUAUCUGGACCUGCUUGGUGAAGGCGCGUGUAGGUGACGUGGAAAGACCGGUGGCUUAUGAAUACGCUCCCGAUUUUAGAAACCGGUUAGGCCCAUCGGUUAGGGGGACAUACUCAGGGGCAUGCGUGUUUCCUAUCUGUUGCUUAGGUUACAAGGCAAAGCACUUUCUUGGAGAAGAUGGUUUCAUCAACGCUGUAGAGAUUAUCAGCGACUCUGUCAAAAGAUUGGGAUCACAAGGGAUUGAGGUGUUCUUUGAUAUGUAUGCGGAUAAGACGAAGAACAUAGAGAAAGGUACGGAUAUUUGGGCAGCUUCCGGUUCGAACCGGUUUUCAAUUUACGGGUCGGAUUUCGGGUGGGGAAGACCGGUUAACAGUGAGGUCGUGUCUUAUGACCAGAGUCAGAUAUUUUGUAUGUCGGAGAUGAGGGAUGGGACUGCUGGCGUGGAGAUUGGCUUGUGUUUGAAGAAAGAUGAGAUGGACAUUCUCGUUUCUCUGUUCAAGAAUGGACUUGAAAACAAUGAAUAACUUUUGCUGAUUUAUGUAAUGAUCGUGGGACUUUGUCGUUUUCACUUGUUUAGAUCUUUCUUGGUUUCGAAGCAAAGUAAUAAAUUAUCAUUUAUAUAUAAUCAUGGAACAUAUCAUGUAACUGGAAA